AUGACAAUAUCAAGGAUGGCGAUCGCUUGCCAUUACCUGUCAAGGAUUUAGGCAGUUGUGAAGUGUAUCCCCAAACACUUCAGCAUAGUCCUAAUGGAAGAUUUGUCGUAGUUUGUGGAGAUGGAGAAUACAUCAUUUAUACUGCACUUGCAUGGAGAAACAAGGGAUUCGGUAAUGGACUUGAAUUUGUGUGGGCUUUGGAUUCAAACGAAUAUGCUGUGCGAGAAUCCGCUACAAAAAUCAAACUUUACAAGAAUUUUAAGGAAAGACCAAACGCAUUGAAAGUGAAUUUUACGGCUGAAGGAAUUUUUGGAGGUACGCUCUUGGGUGUGAAGAGCUCUACCUUUUUGAAUUUAUACGAUUGGGAGACGAUGGCAGUUGUGAGAAGAAUUGAUGUUAUUCCAAAAAGCGUGCAUUGGUCUGACAUUGGUGACCUUGUGGCCAUUGCCUGUGAGGAUACCUUUUAUGUCUUAAGAUUUAAUCGUCAAUCAUAUGUACAAUUUUUGGAAAGUGGUGGAGAAAUAGGUGAAGAAGGAAUUGAACAGGCUUUUGAAUUUGUGACCGAAAUUCCAGAAAGCUAUGCCCUUUCUUUGACCGUUAUUGAAUAUCAAACUGCAAUCCUUCGAAACGACCUUGAAACUGCUGAGCAACUGUUACCUUCUAUUCCUAACGAACAAAGGAACCGAAUUGCAAGAUUUUUGGAGAGCCAAGAUCUCAAGGAGCUUGCUCUUGAAGUCUCAACUGAUAUUGAACACAAGUUUGAGCUCGCCGUGCAACUCAACAAACUUGAUGUUGCCGUCGAAAUCGCACGCGAAGUUGAUACAGAUUCUAAAUGGAAAACCGUUGGCGAUUCAGCGUUGAAUGCGUGGAAGGAAUGCCUCAAAAGAGCUAAUGAUAUGAGUGGCCUAUUGCUUUUGUACACAGCAUCCGGAAAUUCCAAGGGUAUAAAGGAAUUGGCCGAAACAGCUGGAAAAAAUAACAUAGCAUUUGCAUGUUAUCUACAACUUGGUCAGGUGGAAGAUUGCAUAGAAAUUUUAAUAAAAACAGACCGUAUUCCAGAAGCUGCUAUGUUUGCUCGAACAUAUGUUCCCAGGCUAGUAAAACUGUGGCGAGAGUCUCUCGAAAAACAGAAUAAAAAGAAGGCAGCGGAGGCACUCGCGGAUCCUGCAGAUUAUGAAAAUUUAUUUCCGGAUUUUAAAUAUGCUCUUAUCGCUGAAGAACUUAUGAAGAAGACGCGCAACAAUGCAAUUCCCUCUACCGCAUACUCGGAUUAUAAAGAUGGGCUUGAACAAGACAUAAUUACUGUGGUCAAAGAGAAAUAUCCAGAUGGAAUUUUGCCAUCAAAUCUUGCGUCACCCAUACAAAGUCGUCCUGUAAGCAACAUAGCACGUAGAAACGUCAAUGGAGAGAUUGAUGACGAUGUUUUAUCAUCAGUAGCUUCUGUUGAUGACGAUCGUAUAAGCGUCGCUGAUAACAUGAGUCUCUUAAGUAUGGAAGUGAACACAACUGGCACUGGUUCUGUUCCGGGCGAUGUCGAUUUUGAUGAUACAGCAUCAUAUGCAAAUUCAGAGCUGGACCGUCGGGAGGACAAAGAUUUAGAUGAUUUAUCACAUUAG